AUGCAGCUCUCACCACGGGCCUUUGACAUUGUGAAAGUGUGUGACGGGUCUGUGGUAAAGGAGUGGUUCCGUGUGGUCGUGAAGCUCCAGGAAUGUGGACGUGCUGGCCUGAGGCGUGUUGAGGCUGUCUAUGUCUUCUUUGAUGCUCUGGCCAUUACUGUUAAUGCCAAGCACCAGACUUGGGUUAAUGGCAGGAGAGUCAACCUGCCUAGUCUGCUUAAGAACGAGAUCUCAGUGAAAAUCUCCGAGAAGACAGUGGUCAUUGAGAAGAUUUCAGCCCUGCGUGUGACCUACAGCAUGACACAGGAUAUCAGCGUGACUGUCAGUGACCACUUUGCUGACAAGGUGUGCGGAGCUUGUGGGAAAAUGACUGGAGAUGUCAGCAUCACAGUUGACAGCAAGUCUGUCAAAAAGUGGAUGGACUCCUGGAGAGCACCUGACUUCCCAACCUGUGAGCAGUAAAUCAAUGGGAUCCAGUCCGGUAGUCAUCGACAGUACUGACAUUUUCAUCCACUUUUU